AUGAAAGGUAAAAAGAUAGAUUCUAAAUCUUAAAAAUUAGAUAAUUCAAAGAGAGUUUAUACUAAAAAUUAUGUACUCAGCUAAGAAGUUAUCUAGGACCAUGGUUUCGAACAUUUCUUAAUCGAUCAAUCUGAGAAAGGAGUUUUAAUGAAAUACUAUUUGGAUCUAUUCUAAAAAGAACUAAGAAUGAUUGUUAAAUUAAAAUAGCUUUUAACAAAAGAUUCUAAGCAACUUUCAGUUUUGGACAUAAACAAUGAGAUUUGUUAUUGCUUAAUUUAAGAUCUAGAUAGCUCCAAAAUAAAUAAACUUAACAAAAAUAUGUUUAUUUUGUAAUAGCUUUAAACAUUAAAUUUAUUAAGAUUAGAGGAGUCAAAUAUGGAAAUUUUAAUUUUCUUGAGCGGUUAUUAUAAUAAAAAACUUUUUUCAUUGUAUUUAGUAAAAUCAUUGCAAUAAUAAUUAGGCUUAUCCUAUUAAGAAAAAGUAUAAUUUAAUAUAAUUUCAUAAAAUAGUAUUAAAAACGAAUUAACUAUGGAGCUUUAGUAGAAUAUAAAAGCUCUCCUUUCAAGAAAAGAUAUAAAGAACAAUAUUUAUAAAACUUAAAAUAGUUAUAAGAUUUAUAAAGAUUUAGAUACAGUAAGCAAUGAUUAAUAAUAACGUGCAUUCAAAUAGUAAAUAAUACAUUUUUACAAUGAAGUAGUAGAUAAAAAAAUCCAUUAAACAUUAAGUUAAAUUAAAUAAAUUCAAAAAGACACAAACCCCAUUUUAAGUUGUACCAAAAAGAAGCAAGCAAAUUUAUUUAUAAAGCCAUUUAAUAUGUCUCAAAAAUUAAAUAAUAAUGAAUAUUCAGAAAAAUUAAAAGAAAAUUUAGAAAAGAAAUAAAAUAUUUGUUAAUAUUCUUAAUUUCAAAUUACAGUUGGAAAAUAAUAAUUAAACUUGAGCUUAUCUUAAUCGCAAUAAUAAAAUCUUUUAAAUUUAAUAGCCAAGGACAAUAUAUAGUCUUAUAAAAAUAAGAUCAUAAAAUUGGCUUGGAAACAACAAAAUUUUUGUAAAAGUAAAUUGGAUUCUCCAAAAAUAUUAGGUGGAGGAGGCAUUUGUGGCAGUAAGGCUAAGGUGUUUUCAAUUCCUAAAAAGGAUUAGUAAAUUUAACAAAUUAUGAAUGAAAAACAAUAUUUGAUGGAAAAGUUUUAAGUAUAUUCUGAAAAAGAUGAAUUUGAUGACAGUGCAACGUCCUUUAAAAAAUUUAAUAAAUCGUAUGAUGAAUAUUUUACUACUGAAAAGGUUAGCGAAAAGGUUAUUGAGACAGAUGUAAGAUUAAUAAUUGAAGAAACUCUGUAUCGUUAUAGAGAACAAAUUGUCUAAUAAGAAAUUAGACAUAAGGUGAUUGACAUUAUCAAUUUAUUAAUCAAUUACAUGCUUAUUAUCAAAUAAAAUAAUUUAAAGUAAUCCAUUUAAUCUGACAUUGAUUAAAUCAAUUAAUAUCUAUAAAAGCUAAGCAUAUACUGCAAAGAAAAUAGAGAAAGACAUCCAUGCUUGGACCUAUAUCAAUACACUGAGAUUUUAAUUACUUUAAAUUCUUAAAGAUAAGGCUUAGAUACCUUUAACUAAAGCUUUCCUUACAAAAUUAUGAAGAAGAUGGUUUAGGUGGCUAAAUUUGGCGCUGGUUUUGUGAGUAUCGCUGGAGCUAUCAAAAAUUUAACAGAAAUAAAUUUUGAUGACUUUAAAAAUUUCAUUAAAGAAAUUUAAUAAAUUGCUGAUUAAAUAGCUUCUGAUUCUUCGACAGUAGCUGUUAAUAGCGCAGCUGAAACUUAUACUGACUAUAACACUAGCAAUUUAGCUAAUAAUUUACAAGCAUUGUGGAUUAGAAAACUUAAAGUUAUGGGUUAAAAUCUUCUUUAGAAUGAUCCGGUUUAGGAAAUUAUUUUUUAUUUAGAAGAAUCUAUAAAUAUCACAAACAAAGAUACUCUUCUUUUUGCUUACAUGCAAUUAAAUUACUUAUUAUCUAAGUAGUAAUUAAAUGAUAACUUAGUAGAACUAACUGAGAAAUUAUAAUAAAAGGAUAAGUUAGAACUCAUUUUAAACUUAGCAAAUAUUUUGUAGGUCAAAGAGUUUUCUGAUAGUAUUGUUGACAAACUUAAAAACAUUGCUAGCUUAAUUGCCUAGAGUCAUUAAUUCAGAUAUAUAAAAGCUUAAUUGUUGUUAUACUUUGCUUAAAUCUUGUAAACUUCAAAACAGAGCAAAGGGUAAUUCGAUGAAGUUAUGAUAAGUAUUGUCUCCAACUAUUUAUAAGAAAAACAAAAAUCAGUUAAAAUAAUUUAUGAAGGAAAUUAAAUUAUGGCAGACUUUAUUCAUAAUCAUCUUGAUAAAAAGUUAAUUUUACUUUAAAUAAGUUAAUUCAAAAAGCAAAUGACGAAGCAUUUAAAUGAUGAAUAAUCUUACAAUAACUUUGCUUAUGAAAUUCAAAAUGAAAGCGAUAUUGAUAAAUAGUUAGCUAAAUAUUUUGUUGAAAUGUGGGAAUUAAGUGUUAAAUAAAGAUAAAAAAAUCUUUAAAUUACCCACAAAGAUGAUGUACUACUGGAAGCAAUCCAUUUAUAUGUCAAAUAAUAGAUUACUUAUGAAGAUGGAUUUAAAAUCGAUACAUAGGAAAAAGAUGCUAUCAAGCAAAUUAUUAAUUAAUUCUUAAUUCCUAAUUAUGUAGAUUCAUCAGAUAAUGCAAAAGAAGAAUAACUAAAUAAAGAAAAUAAGUCUCCUUGCAAAAUAAUAUCAGUGUUAGCAGAUGGAGGAUCUGGAAAAUCGAUGCUUUUAAAAAAACUAGAAGUUGAGCUAUUGAAUCGCACUUCUGGAUACACUUCAGACAGCAAAUCUGAUUACAUUCCUUUCAUAAUUAAAUGUAACUCUUUGGAUAAUUAAAAGCCUUCUAUUGAGAAAUACUUAGAAUCCAUUCACAUUAAGACAGAGGAAAUAGAAAGGUUAAAAAAAUCUGAAAGAAAUAAAUUAAUCAUGCUAGAUGGCUUUGAUGAAUACUCAGGUGAUUAUUUUAAGGUUUUUAAAGUGCUUAAAUUAUAUGAGUGGGCCAAUACGUUAGUAAUAGUCACUUCAAGGUUAGAGAAAAUAACUGUUUCAGAUGCUAAAGUGUAUUUUAAUUACUAUGACUAACAUGGAAAUUAAGGAUAGAAUGAUUCUUUCUCAAUUGUAAAACUUGAAAAAAUCACUGAAUCUGACAUUUAAGACUAUUUUAAAUUGUUUAAGAAAGAAAUUUAGAUAAAAGAAUAAAUGAGUUUUAAUGAAUUUUAUUACGAAAAAAUUUAAUAAAUAAUUUUUAAAAAUAAAUAAUUGCUGGAAUUACUAAAGUUGCCUAUAAACUUGUAUCUCACAACAAGAAUGAUGACUGAUUUAGAUCUCAAUGAUUAAGAUACGUUAAACACAUUUGAAGCAGCUACUGACUAGAUAGAAAUACAGGAUUUGUUUUUCUAGCAGCAAUUUAAAAAAUAAUCUCAAUUAUUUAUUGAAAAAUAAUAAAAAAUAGCAAAUAAGAAAGACUAAAAAUUAAUUUCCAGCAUACAAUCAUGUUAUUUUGAAUACUUUCAAUCUAUUGCAAUGAAAAUGUUCAUGUAGAAAGGGAUAAAAUCUAAUUUCUUAAGUAUAACGAGUACUUCUUUAAACUUUUAAUUGCGAGAUGAAAUUUAAAGAUUGCUUAAGGAAAAUGAGAUAGAAGCAGAAGAAUUAAAAUAAGAUUUGCUUAACUAUGUAGACUCAAGAGUUAUAACGAGAAUUAAAUUGACUUUUGAAGAUGAAAAUUCUUAAAAACCACAAGAAUAAAAAGCAUCUAUUAAAGAAUAAUCACCAGAAUUUGAGUUCAGACAUAAAUCUCUUUUUGAAUAUUUUGCUGCUAGAGCAAUGAAAUUCGAUUUUGAUUAGCAUAAAGAAAAUAUUUUUAAAUUAGAUAUAUCUGAAUUGAAAAAAUUUAACAUCAAUCAAAAAAUCAUUAUGAGCAGCCAAAAAAAUGCUUCUGAGCAGUAAAUUCUUUUGAAGCUUUACAAGUUAAUGAAACCUUAUCUAGAUUCUAAGUCUUUCAUGCAAAAUUAUUUUGAGGAAGAAAUAUCUUAAACAAAUAGAUACAUUUAAUUUUUGAAAAAAUCUAAAAUUUCAAAAUACACUGAAAAGAGUUAAAUAGACAUAGGCUCUUCUAAUUUAUUAUCAGCAUUAUUUAUUUCUAAAUUUUCUUAUCCUAACUUGACUUUCAAAAAAUGUUCUUUCUCUUAAGCUUACAUAUCUUCUCAUUCUCGUAAAGUUGUCCAAUUUUAAGAUUGCAACUUUGAAAAUUCCUUAAUUGAAAAACAAUACUUAGACAAUUUUGAAACUUCGAACACUAAAAAUGCUAUGCUGAGUGCUUUCUAAAAGUAUUUUGAUACUGAUUAUAGCUAUUAAUUUAAUUAGGUUAUAUUUCACAAGGACACUUUAGUAUCAAUAACAAAAACUGGUUAUGUCAACUAAUUUGAAAUAGGUCAUAACACUGGUUAACCUUGUAAAAUAUUACUAUCAAAUCAGAUUACUAACUCCAACUUAAGUAGUAUUCAUUACAUAGAUAAGAAAAAUAUAUUUGCUAUAACGGCAAAGAAAUCUAUUUUUGAAAUAGAUGCUCAAACUUUUGAAAGAGUUAAUUGUUAUACAUUCUAAUAAUCGAUAGCUAGCUUUUCGACCCAUAAUUAAAAAUAUGCUAUUACCUUAGAGAACAAUCAAAUACAUUACGGUAAUAUUGAGAAUGGUUUCACAAUAUUAGAUAAGACCAAAAUUUAAGCUGAAUAAUCCUUAUUAAUUAACGAUUUAAUUAUUACUUCUUCAAAUAAUUAAAUUAAAAUCUAUAAUUUGCCAAGUCUAUCUUUAGAAAAGACUAUAGAAGAUUCCUCCUGUAAUUUAAGCAUUUCUUCAUUUUCAGCAGAUGGAAAAUAUCUUGCGCUAAGUUAUGAUUAUAACAAUUGUUAAAUUUUUGAUAUCCAAAAAGGAUUUGAAGUAAUUAAUUAAAUUCAAGGUGAUUAAACAGCUAGCUCAAUUACAUUUUCUGCUGAUAGUUAGUAUCUUGCAAUAGGUUCAGAUAACUGCUUUUGUAAAAUCUUUAAUGUUAAAAAAGGAUUUGAGCUGAUCCACACUAUUGAAGGACAUCUUGAAACGAUCAAUUCAGUCUCUUUUUCUAAUGAUGGUAAGUAUUUUGCAACCAGCUCUAUAGAUAAUAAUUGUAUAGUUUGGAAUGUAGAAAAGGAAUUCCAACUAAAGCACACUUUCCAAGGACAUAGAGGUUGGAUUACAUCGGUUUCUUUUUCUGCUGAUGGAAAGCAUUUUGCUACUAGUUCAAUGGAUAAAACUUGUAAAUUAUGGAAAAUAGGGGAAAAAAUUGAACUCAUUCAUGUAUUUAACAAUUAUGAAUAAAAUAUUACAACAAUUACCUUUUCUACGAAUGGGAAAUAUCUAGCUAUAGGUUCCUCUGAUAGUACUUGCAAAAUAUGGAAUAUUGAGAAAGGAUUCAAUUUGAUCAGUACAAUACAAGGAGACACUUUUGAAAUAACAUCACUAGCAUUUUCUUCAGAUGACAAGUAUCUUGCUAUGAGUUUAGAAGACGGAACAUUCAAAAUUUUAAGUCCAGAUAAUGCAUUUAAUCUCAUAAAUACUAUCAAAGGACAUAAUUAACAAAUAAACUCAGUUGCUUUUUCUGCAAAUGGUAAGUAUAUGGCUACAGGCUCUGUGGAUUCUACUUGCAAAAUAUGGUCUGUAGAAAAUGAAUUUCAAAUGGUUAACACAAUUUCAAAGCAUACCGAAAUGGUUACUUAAGUUGCUUUUUCAGCAGAUUGCAAGUACCUCAUCACAAGCUCUAAAGACAUUACAUGCAAAUUAUUUAAUGUUGAAAAAGGAUUUGAAUUCAUCAAUUCCAUUUCUGGACACAGUGAAAUAAUUACUUCUGUUGCUUUUUCUAAAAAUGGGAAAUAUCUUGCAACAGGAUCUAAUGAUAACACUUGCAAUAUUUGGAAUGUCGAAAAAGGAUUUGAGCUAGUGAAUAAAAUUCAAGAACAUACUUGGUCUGUUACAUCAAUAUCUUUUUCUGCUGAUAGCAAGCAUCUAAUAACAGGCUCUAAGGAUACAACAUGCAAGAUCUGGAAUAUUGAGAAAGGAUUUGAAUUCAUCAGCUCAAUAUAAGGACAUACUUAAGCAAUUACCUCAGUGACCUUUUCUAAAGAUUGCAAGUACCUCGCUACAAGCUCAGAAGACAAAACUUAUUAAGUAUGGAAUAUACAAAAAGGAUAUGAACUUAUUAGUUAGAUUCAAGCACAUAACUCAACAAUUACCUCAGUUGCUUUUUCAGAGGAUAGUAAGUAUCUUGCAACUGGCUCAGAAGAUAACACCUGUAAAGUUUAUAAUGUAGAAAAUGGAUUCGAAUUAAUUUCUACUAUUAAGGGACAUUCUUGGAUCGUUUCUUCUGUUGCUUUUUCUCCAGAUAGCUAGUACCUAAUAACAGGUUCUUAUGAUUCAACUUUUAAAAUCUGGAAUGUUAAAAAAGAUUUUAAGCAAUAUAAAAGCAUAGACGCACUUAUAAACUAUAUUACUUCUGUAGCCUUUUCUUCUGAUGGUAAGUAUUUAGCAACAGGCUCAGAAGAUAAUACUUGUAAAAUCUGGAAUGUAAGCAAAUAAUUUAAACUCAUGCAUACUAUUAAAGAACAUGAUUUAUUGAUAAAAUCGGUCGCUUUUUCACCAGAUGGUAAGUAUCUUGCAACUGGGUCAUAUGAUAAAACUUGCAAAAUCUGGAAUGUUUAGAAGAAUUUUGAGUUGGUUAACACUAUACAAGGCCAUCGUUUAAUUGUAACAUCUGUAGCUUUUUCUGCAGAUAGUAAGUAUCUAGCAACCUGCUCUUAUGAUAGCACUUGCAAAAUUUGGAGCAUAGAAUAAUAAUUUUAGCUAAUAAAUGUAAUUUAAAAUAAUAGUGAAAAGAUAAUAUCUGUUUCUUUUUCAGCAGAUGGCAAGUACCUAGCAACAGGCUCGUAAGAUAAUAUUUGCAAAAUAAUUAAUGUAGAAAGGGGAUUUGAAAUCCUUAGUAAAAUUCAGGGAGAAAUAUAAGGAGCAACUUCUGUUGCUUUUUCUGAAGAUGGAAAAUAUCUUGUUACAGGUUCAGAAGAUAAGGUUUUUAAGAUCUGGAAUAUUGAAAAAGGAUAUAAGCUCGUAGAUGGUAUUUAAGCGAACUUUAAAUGGAUUAAUUAAAACACUUUUGAAAUAAGCAUUAAAGAAUAAAAUAAUAAUAUAACAAUUAAAUUUAAAAACCAAAGAAUUUUUGAGUAAGUAUACGAAGUUUGA